AUGGCUAAUCGGAAAACACAGCGCGAAAUCAGCAACCUCGCCGAGGACCUCGGCCCCUACUACAGCCAGCCGGGCCGCCGCGACAUGUCGCAACGAAAUCGGAGCGGCCGUGGCUCCAACCGCAACAAUGGGGGAGCUCACGGCGAGGAGGUCCAGAUAUGGGACGAGGCCAAAGCAUCGUUCAACGACCUCAUCAACGGCAUCAAUUCCGACAACGACAACCUGGGCCAGCUGGUCAACAUGGACAAGCAGGCCGGCACGAUGGACUCGGACAGCGUACCCACCGACACUAUGAAGCAGAUGGAGGAGCUGUGCCGAUCCGGCGUCAAGAAAUCCGAAGACAACAUCACCGCCGCCAAGAACCUCAUGGAGCGUCUCAAAGUGAUAAGAGCAGUUGUCGUGGCCAAGGAGCAGGCGGAGGCACCACCCACCGGGCCAUCUAAGAGAUCCACCACCAGGACCGACAGUGCUGCUGCGGCCGCCGCCUCUCUCUACGAAUUCAACGAACCAGGCGACUCCCCGGUGCCCAGCCCCAUGGCGGAUAGUGUCGAACCCCCGGGGUCUACGAGCGGUGCUGCGGGGAGCUCGACCAACAAAUCCAAAAUUCUCUUCUCCAAGGGCGACGAGGUAGCAUUUAAGCCCAAGGCUGUCAAUGGCGAACAGACUUCAGACUGGAUACUGGGCGAGGUGGCACAGGUGCUGGGGGAGGGCAAGAGUCGGCGGUACAAGGUUAUCGACAUUGAGCCGGACGAUCAGAGCAAGCAAAAGGAGUACCGCUCUAGCGCCAGCAGCAUGAUUCCCAUCACACCAGAAAGCCAGGCCAGCUCGCUCAAGGAUUACGAAGCCGGCCAUGUGGUCCUCGCCCUUUAUCCUCAGACGACGACUUUUUACAAGGCCGAGGUUCAUAGCAUGACAUCGACGGGCAAGGUUGAUCUCAAGUUUGAGGGCGAAAACGAUUCAACGACGCUACAGCAGGUGGAGCGAAGAUAUGUCAUCGAGUACAGGGUCUAA